AUGGCAACCAUCGCAUUCCCCUCCCGCAAUCCUCAGGCUCCUAAGGAAGCAGCAGCCUUCCGACAAGAUCUGAACGUUCGUCUCAUCUGCCCUGAUUGCAAAUGUGCAAGAUUGGUCGAAGAGUUUUCAUCUGGGGAUCUUGUCUGUGGUAGCUGUGGUUUAGUCGUUGGUGAUCGUAUCGUCGACACUCGCUCUGAAUGGCGAACAUUCGCAGGUGACGAAGGUGACGACCCCUCUCGUGUCGGUGGCCCAAGCAACCCACUUUUGAACGGCGUCGAGACCUUUGAAACCGUCAUCUCCUUCAAGGAUGGCAAUACUGGUGUGGCCCGUGACCUCAAUCGUGCGGCUACCCGCGCUGCGGCCAAGAGUGGAGAAAAAAGCAUUGCCGCCGCUUUCGUUUCGAUCCAAGACAUGUGUGACACCAUCAGUCUCCCACGAACAGUGACAGACAUUGCAAAGCAAUUGUACAGAAGGGCGGAUGAAGAGAAACUGCUCAGGGGUAAACAAGCCGAUGCAAUCAUCGCCGCUUGCAUCUUCAUCGCUUGUCGGCAAUCAAAGGUCGGGAGAUCGUUCAAAGAGGUCGUUGCGCUUACCCGCGUGCCCAAGAAGCAAAUCGGCCAAUGUUUCAAGGCUCUUUCCGCUGCGUUCGAGACCUCCGCGGUUGGCGGUGGCGGUGCCUUGAAUACAGCCACAGGCGAAUCCAGCGGUGCAGGAGCUGAAGAUCUCAUGGCUCGUUUCUGCAGUCAUCUUGGGCUUCCGUUCUACGUUCAAAGCGGCGCCAAGAGGAUCGCAAUCCUGCAGCGAGACAUGGGUAUCCUUGCUGGUCGAAGCCCUAUCAGCGUAGCAAGCGCUUGCAUUUACUUCGCCAGUCAUCUGUACGGCUGCCCCAAGAGUGUGAAGGAUAUCGCUGGUGUCGCUGGCGUCAGCGAAGUCACGAUCAAGAUCGCGUACAAGCUUUUACAUUCCAAGUCUAAGGAGAUUGCUGGCACCGAAGCCACUACCAAUGAAGCCGCGUCAAUCAAUCGACUGCCUAAACCUUGA